AUGCAGGCGACGCGCGUACCGGCUAAGGCUGGCGUUUCCAGCUCGGCCAAGGCAGUGCCCUCCGUCCGCGCCGGGCGCAGGUGCCUGGUAAUUCCAAAUGCCGUGAAGGAUGUGUUCAUGCCUGCCCUGAGUUCGACCAUGACUGAGGGGAAGAUCGUCUCCUGGCUGAAGAACGUCGGCGAUAAGGUCAAGAAGGGCGAGGCCCUGGUGGUCGUUGAGAGCGACAAGGCUGACAUGGAUGUUGAGUCCUUCGCCGAGGGCAUCCUCGGCGCGAUCGUUGUUCAGGAAGGCGAGCGUGCAAGCGUCGGCGCGCCGAUCGCCUUCGUGGCCGAAAACGCCAGCGAGGUGGAGGAGGCCAAGAAAAAGGCUGCUGCAAUGGGCGCCCCUGCUGCAGCUGCCCCUGCUGCUGCUCCAGCUGCCCCUGCGGCCCCUGCGCCCGCGCCUGCACCGGCGGUCGCCCCGGCUCCCGUUCCUGCGGCGCGCACUGAUGGCCGCGUCGUUGCUACGCCUUACGCUAAGCAGCUUGCGAAGGAGCUGAAGGUGGAUCUGGCCACUGUCUUGGGCACUGGCCCUAACGGCCGCAUCACCGCAGCGGACGUAGAGGCGCGGGCCGCAGGCAAGCCCGCUGCGCCGGCCGCGCCAGCAGCGGCGGCCCCGGCACCUGCCGCAGCCGCCGCUGCCGCCGCUCCGGCCCCGGCCCCGGCCGCCGCCAAGGCCACCAAGGUAUCUGAGCUGAAGGGCACCACCAAGCCUUUCACCACCCUGCAGGCCGCCGUGGCGCGCAACAUGAACGAGAGCCUCAAGGUUCCGGAGUUCCGUGUGUCGUACAGCAUUGUGACCGACAAGCUGGACGCUCUGUAUCAGCAGCUGAAGCCCAAGGGUGUCACGAUGACGGCUCUGCUGGCCAAGGCGUGUGGUGUGGCACUGGCUAAGCACCCGCUGCUGUACGCCGCGCUACCGGAAGGGGGGUCCAUGACACAGAGCCUGGCAGUGAGUGCCUGCGCCCGGUGGCGUGUCUCCCUCGGGGUUCCCCCCGUGCUCAAGAACGCGGACUCGACCGACAUCUACCAGCUGUCCAGGAACUGGGCUGAUCUUGUGAAGCGCGCUCGCUCCAAGCAGCUGCAGCCCGACGAGUACAACAGCGGUACCUUCACCAUUUCCAACCUCGGCAUGUACGGCGUCGAGACGUUCGACGCUAUCCUGCCACCAGGCACUGCCGCUAUUCUGGCGGUGGGCGGCUCCAAGCCCACCGUGGUGGCCACCGCUGACGGCAUGAUCGGCGUCAAGAAGGUCAUGAACGUCAACAUCACCGCCGACCACCGCAUCGUCUACGGAGCUGACGCCGCGGAGUUCCUGCAGACGCUCAAGGCGGUCAUUGAGAGCCCCGAGCAGCUUACCAUGUAAGGAGCAGAAGCUGCUGUCUGAGAGCCGAAGCCUUACUCUGUUUCUUCCCCCUCCUCCUGGGAGCCCUUGAGGAGGUCCUUGUGGGUUGCCACAGUGCAGCAGCGCGGCCUGUCGCGUUGGAUGUCAGUGGUGACAGCGCUGGCAGAGAGCUUGCUACUGCGCCGGCGGUAGUCCGCAGCGGUUGGCAGUGUGGUGUCAGUGUGGCGGCCUCUCACCUCGACCGCCCACGGCCAGAUCUGCUGCUGCGCAACCGUCUGCCGUCUUCCCUACCUUGCGGCUGCUUCGGUUAAGAAAGGUGCGGCGCACCUUCGGCGCCAGCAGGCCAGGACGAAGUGAUAUCAUCCUUUGAUACCCCGGACGUAUGCUGUGUGCCUGUAGUGCUGGCUGGCUGGCCGGAGAGGGACAAAAAAGGAAUUGGGGUCUAGAGAGGUGCACUGAUUCGUGCUUCUUGCGUGGCUAUUUAUCCAUGUGUUUGUGUGUUGCUAACGUUGAUUCAGUUUUGCUGAAGGUUCCAGUCGGAUGGAAGAGUUAAAGCUUGGGGGAAAGGGCAUGGGCCAAGAAGUCGGGCUGCGAAUAUGGCCGUGACCGGUCGGCAUGUAGACGCUGCGAGUGAAGCCCGAUGUCUUGAGGAGGAAAACAGCAGUGCAAGUAAAGUUCGCGGGAGGAUAUCUCCUUCAAGGGCCUGGGUUCAGAAGAAUUUGAAUGUGUUCGGGUUUAAAUGUGUUCGGGUUUGGAUGCAGUCGGCGCACCACAGGCAGGGGCGAGGCGUGAGUCUCUCUGUACGUAUCGGUGUGGGUCCAGUCGCCGGGGAUGUUGUUGGAGCAUCUCUCGUUAUCGACAUGUGGAAAAAGGGUUGGGUUCAGGAAUUCUCGACUGGAAUGGUAUGAUUCUUGUCAAGGUGCGAAGCUCGAGCAUGUCGAUUGUGAACUGCUUUGGAGCGGCGAUUUUGACACGGGCAGGCAUAUUUUUCCUUUUCAGGUCGUUUCGGCCUCUUUAGGCAUGGCGAAUCCCGGAAGUCCUCCAUUGCUGAAUUAAGUAGACAUAGCUCGAAUCGGCAACCACGUAGCACGUGUAACUAUGUGCUGUUCCAGGCAAGAUCGCCAAAAACUCUUAACAUUCACACACAUUUCACCAAACCAAACACCACCUCUUCCAAAGCGCAUUGUACGUGACAUGUUACAAACUAACGCUAUAACCGCCACAAGAAUAGCAACGUCACCACCAAAAGCGUUUAAGCUUGACAUAGCCAAUCAUCCAAUAGCCUGCAGCCAAUCCAAGUCAAAUGACCGGUCUGUCCAUACCAUCCAACUGCAGUAUCUGGGAAUACUGUCCCAAAUGCCCCCCCAUCAGCCGCAUCCGCAUAGGCCGUCAGGUCAGCCUGCAGAGUUUUGUGCCCAUUGAAAUAUCCGAUCCCGUCCCAACCCAGCGGGGCUCGUGACCACGACCGUGGAGUGCUAACAACAGCGGCAGGUCGCGGCCAUGCCAUCGCCACGUCCUCAUUUCCCUUUCGCAUGCUGCUGCCCGUCCACCCCGUACUUGUC